UCUUCUCUCCGAUCUGUAUUUUUGGAUUCAAUUUCAGAUCUUUUCUCUUGCUGUUUUUAAGUUCGAUCAGGUUUCUUCCUUAGCUUAUUUAUUACUUGGUGAUGAGGCUGUCCGCGCUUAGGAGUCCAUGUCGUGUACAUCAAGAAGCCUUAUUACCUCCUUAUAUCAGACACGAUCGAUCGUGUUAUAUAUACUCUCGUUCUCGUUCUGUACCCCGGGAAGAUUCUAGUUCACCACAACGCAUCGAAUCUUCAGAUAGGGUUACGCGGCUAAUACUAUGUCGGCUCCUGUCUCCGAGAGAGAUCUCUUCGAGAGAGAACCGUGCCCAGGCCGCAUCAUUGAUGAUGCAGGCAGUGCUUUCGCCAUGGGUGCUGUCGGUGGUUCUGUCUAUCACUUUUUCAAGGGCCUUCAUAACUCGCCCAAUGGUGCUCGAAUUACUGGCGGCAUGCAGGCCGCUCGCAUGAACGCCCCUCGACUCGCCGGGAGCUUUGCUGUGUGGGGCACCCUCUUUUCCACCUUCCACUGCACCUCAGCCUACGUUCGCCGGAAGGAGGACCCCUGGAACUCCAUCAUAGGUGGCGCCGCCACUGGAGGGUUUCUCUCCAUGCGGCAGGGCGUCAAAGCUUCUGGCCGCUCGGCACUUGUGGGUGGCUUUUUCCUCGCCCUCAUAGAGGGCGCUGGCCUCAUGGCCAACCGCUUCGCACCGCAGAUGCUCCCGCCGCUCCCUGCCGAUGAUCCCAACAUGGCCGCCGCCAUCUCGAUGGGAGGAGGUGGCUUCCCAGGCCUGCCUCAGCCUGUCGUGUCCCCUGCAGAGGUCGUGAGCUCAAGCAGUGGGGGUAGCUGGUUUGGCGGCCUCUUCGGCAAGAAGGAGGAGAAGAAGCCCAGCGGCAGUGCUGGCAUGUCGGAGAUAUUAGAGAGCUUCGAGGCGCCCAGCCCUCCGAUACCAUCGUUUGAUUUCAAGUGAAAGGAAGGUGCGGUGUUUGUUUGACUGCUCUGAUCUGUAUUUUGGAUUUAAUUCAGAAAGGGUGUUGUUUUUAAGUUUGAUCCACUCCUUGUUUCUGAUACUUUACCUGACGAGGUGGCAAUGAUUUAUUGAGGUGUCUGUUUUAAAUGAUUCUGCCGCUGAGUUUUUCUUGCUAAUGCAACAUGCCACUUUAUUUUCAGUACUUGUCCAUGCCGUAUAACCAAGAAGCCUUAUUACUUUAUUAGCUUCCAAUUAGAGAACAUGAUUGAUUGUGGUAUAUAGCUGCUGUGGUUUUAUUUCAUCGCUCUGAGCUCUGAGGAAGCUUUUGUGGUUAAUUAUAUUCUGCUGAGUUCUGCCUCCUACUUCCACCACAAAGCACUAAAUCUUCAGGUAGGGUCACACGACAGAUACUAUGUGUACCUUUCACCAUGGGUUGUGUGACCCUACCUGAAGAUAAUUAACGGACCCAUGCCUAGACCAUAUUUUUGAUGAUGCAGCGCCAUGGAUUGUGGGAGGUUCUGCCUUCCAUUUUCUCAAGGCCGCAUGUCCUCUGGACUGUAAAAUAGCUUUAUGUGAUCUACGAGUAGUUCAGUUCAGUACGUAGGUUUGUGGAAGACUUUCGAUGUUGGUUUAUUAGUGGUGAGUUAUUCUAUGGCUGUCCGUUUAUAAGCUGGUUGUUCUUCUGGCCAACGAAACGUAACUCAAAAUAAAGCAUUUGCAAGUAUCAAAAUUAUUUUAGAGCUUGUUAUGUUCUGUAUGGACAUGAGAAUAAAUCUGUCAAGAAUAUUAGGCCUGGUUUGCUUUUAUCAUGUUGUCCUACUCCAUUUGAGAACUCAUAGAUCUGUGUUUCAUUGUGAUAGGGAACAUGGUAAAUAUUCCUUUUUUAUCUAGUCCUGGUUAUGGAUGGGCUGCAUUGGCCAUUUACUUGGACUGAAUUAUUUCUUCUGACAGACAAAA